AGUCAUAGUGGUUAUGUUAUUUUGGCUUUCUGUAAGAAUGGGGUUUGUUGUUGUUUUGCAGUUUUGUACUGCAUUUCUUCUCUUUAAGGAGGGGUUUUGUAGUAAUGGCUGGGAAUCUCAUAGAAAGAAUACCUGGGGGUCUCAGAAGCUACCCUCUUUACCUAGGGGAGGUAGUACUUCUCACAGCUCUCUUUCUAAGCUUGGUUCUCCUCUGCAUUUUCUAGCCCCUGGUAGCUCUGCUGUUCAGUUUAAGAGUAUGCCUUUUCUUCGGACUGUUGCUGUUGUGUGUAAUGAGGCUGAUUUGUUGGUCACUGUCCAGAAGGACUUUUUUGGAACAGGCCACUUAGUAAAAGAGGCUGAACUUACUUUAGGUUCUGCUGGCUGUGUCCCUACUUCUAUGAAUGCUACUACAAUUACUUUCCAGUAUGGACUUCAUGAAUGUGGAAGCACCUUAAAGAUGACUUCUGACUACUUUGUGUAUAGCACAAGUCUCCUUUAUAGUCCUACAACUAACCUGGUUAUCAUAAGAACGAAUGAAGCUGAGGUUCCUAUCCAGUGCUAUUACCCAAGAAAGGAUAAUGUGAGCAGUAAUGCUAUACAGCCUACUUGGAUACCAUAUAGAUCAACCCUGUCCUCUCAGCAGAGAAUGACCUUCUCACUAAGACUCAUGAAUGACGACUGGAGUACUCCAAGGGCUUCCAGAGAAUUCUACCUGGGAGAUGUACUGCACAUUGAAGCUUCUGUCUCUACAGACAACCAUGUUCCUCUGCGACUGUUCAUUGAUAGCUGUGUGGCAACAUUGCAAGAAGAUGAGAGUUCUAAUCCCAAAUAUUCCAUCAUUGAUAAUUAUGGAUGCCUUGGGGACAGUAAGCUGACAGAUUCCUCAUCAGCCUUUAAGUCUCCAAGACCUCAAGACAACACCCUUCAGUUUGACUUGUUGGCUUUCAGGUUCUUCAAAGAGUCCAAACAUGAGAUCUACAUCACAUGCCAUGUGAAAGCUGUGAGCAUUUCCCAAGUACCAGAUUCUACAAACAAAGCCUGCUCCUUCAUAAAACCUGGGAAUUUCUGGUCUGCCAUAGAGGGUGUCAGUAACAUCUGCAGCUGCUGUGAUGCAAGGAACUGUGGACCGGCUACCAGGAGUAAACUAAAGCCUUCUGGAAGAAGACAUUGGAAAAGGGAGACCCUAAAGGGAUCGCAAGCAAAUGUGCAUCUUGGACCAAUACUGAUCUCUGAAGACCCUGUGCAAGAAGUGAAGGCUUACCAUCCCAUGGAACGGAGCAUGUACAGUUCUGCUGUUGAAGCCAUGGCCUUUUCCAUACUUGGAGUUGGAAUCCUAGCUUUGUGUGCUGCUAUCAUAGUUUAUGUAAAGCACAAAUCACUAAUGUAAUUUUCACAAAUAUGAAAAUAAAAAUUAUGAAAAUAAA